AUGAGACUGCAAUCUAAUAGAAUCACCGAGGAGUCGGCAGCCAUGCUAGAAAUAGAAGAACCAACACUCCUGCAGACAGUGCGCGGUCACAGGAGCGAGGUGACGUGCGCGGACGCGAAUGGCGCGCGGCUGGUCACUGGCGGCGGUGACCGCGUGCUGCGACUGUGGACCUGGGAGCGCGGCGCUGGCUGGGACGAGGUGGCGCGCUCCAGUGACGCGCACCGCUACGGCGUCACCGCGGCACGCUGGGCGGCCAGCGGCGCGCUGCUGGCGUCGGGCGGCGUAGACGGCGUGGCGCGCGUGUGGAGCGGCCGCGACUUGAUGCCGCGGCGGCUGCUGGCGGCGCCGGGCGCGGCGGCGGCGCGCGCGCUGUGCUGGGCGACUCGCGCGCGCCGAUCCUUCGCGCGCGCUGUGCUGGGCGACUCGCGCGCGCCUGCUGGUGGGCCACGACGACGGCGUGCUCUGGCGCGGCUGCACGCGCACGAGGGCGCGCUGCACGCGGUGGCGGCGCCGGCGCGGGGCGCGCUGUUGCUCACUGCCUGUACGCACGGCGUGCUCAAAGUUUUUGACCUCGCGGAGGUAUGUCGGAGCGGAUGUAACGGGGUGUCGUCGUCGCCAGUGGUACCCCUCGCCUGGAUGGACAACGUGCACGAUCUGGGCGCGCUGUGUGCCGACGCCACGGAGGACGGCAACAUGGCCGCCACGGGCGGACAGGACGCAUUAAUUCGGGUGUGGCAUACCCGCGUGGAGGACGGCUGGCCGCGCGGCCUUCUUCGAGGCGGGUACCGGCUGAGCGGACACAGCGCGGCAGUCACGGCGCUGCGCUGGGCGGGCUGGGGCGAGGCCGCGCUACUGGCCUCCGCCUCGCUGGACCGCACGGCGCGCCUGUGGCUGCCGGCCGGCGCCCAGCUGCACUGCGUGCGAGUGGUGCACGCUCACCCGCGGUACCUCACCUGCGUGGUGCUGGCGCACGAUAUGCGGUAUAUGAUUACUGGUUCGAAUGACAGGUCGCUCAGGAUGUGGUCGUUGGGCUCCCUCACGAUCAACGAUGAGUUGGAGAUUCCGUGUGAAGCACUCGCUCACUUCGGCCUCGGCGAUCUCAAAGGCAUCGGACCACUCGACGACGAGGUGAUCGACGAGGACGGUAUUGCGACGCAGACGACAGUGGCAGGACGGCCCGAGGGUAGUGACCACACCUGUCUGCAGCACUUAUGGAGCUCAACAACGCAUACCGGUGCCAUCAAUGACAUCGCUACACACGGGGACCUGGUAGCCACCGCUUCUAGCGACGGGCUGGCACGCGUGUUCCGCUGGAGCGAGGAGCGUGGGGAACUGCAGGCGCUGCACGAGCUGGCGGCGCACGAGUACCCGGUGCUGGCGGUGGACUUUGUGGCUGCCGGCGCCGUGGUACUCACCGCGGGACUCGAUGGCCGCGCCUGUCUGUGGGACGUCGAGACGGGGGUUCAGCUGAGAUCGCUGUGCGUGCCGGCAGGCGAGGACGGCGGCGCGGGAGGCGAGGCGGGGGGCGGCGGGGUGCGGGCCGCGCGGGCUUCUUCCACCCGCUCCGCGCUGAUACUGCUGGGGACUGACGACGGCCUUGCGCCGCUGUGGAGCCUCGACGAAGACAACCCACAGCCCUUGCAAGCAAGAAAACAAAUGUUAUGA